AGGAAUAUAAGAGAGAGGGGCAGAGAUGCUGAAGUGCUGAGGGAAGAGUGAAUGGGAGAGGAAGGGAAGGAGUAUAAGAGACAGGGCAGAGAGAAGUUGAGGAAGAGUGAAUGGGAGCGUUAGAGGGAGGGAAGGAGGAGGGCAGAGAGGCAGAAGGAGGCAGAGGAGAGACAGAUACAAGAGGUUGGACUUCCUGACACAGGAGAUGUCAACAGGCUGAGUAAGGAGGGGAGGGAGGGAGAGAGUCAGAAGUGGCGAGAGAGAGACAGACUUGUUUCAGGCCACAGAACAAGAAGUGACAGACUCACAAACCAACAGCUUUGGGGAGAGAGAGUUUCUGGGAGUCGUGUGAGACAUGGAGCAUCCCUGAGUGUGAGUGGGGGAGUCACACGGAGGGAAGGAUCUCCGGCAAUGAGCCUCGGCAAGAAACGAAGUGGCUUCCAGAUCACCAGUGUGACUAGUGACUACCAGCCGACCUCUCCAGUCUCCCCAGUAGCUGAUGAGCGCUCUCUUUCCCCCACACCCACAAAUGGACUUCGCUCACCCCCCACCUCUCGCUUUCGGGUGGUGCGACUGGACCAGGCUCCCUUAGCUGGAGGGCGUCGGUACAAGAGAGGGCGCUGGAGCUGUGUGGAGUUUUAUCACCCAGAGGUGGGCUCUACAAAUAGGGUUGGGGCAGGACACUCUCUGGAUUCGGGGCUCCCACACGCCUCUCCUCUCCGGUCCCCAUUACUUCUCUCCCCAGGAGCUGGAGGGAAGGCACCAAGAUCACAAGGGGCCCCAGUGCUGGUUGAAGGAACAAGCUCAGAUAUAAGAAUUGAGCUUUCUGCCCAAUCACAAAGCCCAUUGGAGGCCCCAGUUGCUGCUUCUCAGCCUGAAACUUCUCCAGCCCAACGGGACUCCGACGACUUCACUGAGCGGCUGAUAUUGGCCAGAUCCGUGUUCUGCGUGGGAGGGGACAAUGACAAUGACGGAAUUUCCAGCAAUAGUUUGGUAGCAAUUGACAACAAAAUUGAGCAGGCCAUGGACUUGGUAAAGACUCACCUCCUAUUUGCUGUCCGUGAAGUGGUUGAGAUCCUUAGAGAACAGAUAAAAGAUCUGAUGGAGAGGAACAGUCACUUGGAGCACGAGAACAGUCUCUUGAGGUCUCUUGCAACUCCUCAGCAGCUCUCUGAGUUGCAGUCCCGCAUUCAGACCUCCAGAAAGGGUGCUGAUCAAAAAUAAAUGUGCUUCACACAGAACUGAAUGUGGAUAAAAGGGGAGACUCACGGACAUCUCAGGACCCAUUUCUCACACAAUAGCAACAAAGAGAUCAAAAGCUUGAGAGUCUGUGGAGGAAGAUGCUAAGUAGGUUCCAUUAUUGUAGAACGCAGAGAAGUUCAUGACUGAAGGUUGAGGACAUCAUGGCUAAGGAUUCUAUAAACUGUAGAUGAUGUGGCUGAAGAUGUUGGAAGUCCCAGUGGUUCAGGAUUUUACAGUUCAGUAUCCUACAGUUGGGGACCACAUGUUUGGGGUCUCUAUGGUGAAAGAUAAAGAGUGGACACUUGGAGAAUCCAUCUGUGAAGAUAGUUGGGAAGUCUAUGGAGUCUACAACUGACCAUGAAUGGUAUCUAUGCAAGUUCUUCAGCUAAAUCCAUAAUAUUUUGUUCCAUUGCCUGACAUCUAAUUCUGCUUAUUAAUGGAUUAAUACUGUGUGGAACUGUACCUGUCCAGAGGGCAUCAUUUAUGAGAGCACAUGCCAAUAUUUCAUGGUGGCUCAUAUAUUGUACGUAUGUGUGAGGUCAGGAUGUGCCAACAUUCAUGCAAUCUAAGUGCCAUCACUAGUACAGUUGGGUCCUUAUCUGGCUAUUUACAUUUUUUAUCCCAAAUUCCAACCCUUUGUUAUAAAUCCAAAUGGAUGUCAAUAUUCCUUCAUGACUGGAGAUGUUUAUAGUCAGUCAAGCUGUGUGAGAGUGGACAACCAUGCAGAGGUCCAGUCACAAAUAAUAUUCAUGGAGAGCAUCAGAUCAACAUUCGGGUACAUUUGGCACAAUCAGCCCAUCUGAACCAGAAGCUGAAGAGGAAGAUCACUGGCUCAUCUGGCUACAAACACAAAUUUGUGGGUUUGUAGUCUACAGGCAAAUCUAAAAUCCCCCCCCCCCGUCCUGAGGGUCAUGGGGUGGGAUUGUUGACUUUAGGGACCAAGAUUUCUUGCAUUGCCCAAUGGCAAAACUCUCAGCUGCCCCCCAAUCUGCUCCCCUGCCAUUAUUAUAGCACCCAGCGCAGCUCUAAAGGUUGAACCCUACUACAGGGGCCCAGCUCGGGGGCCCGCAUGUCCGACAUGAAUGAAAAGCUGAAUCUGAGAGACGCAUUUAUCCCAAUGCUGAGAAGUGACUUUACAUGAAGCUUUCCUAGUAUUUGUAUAAUUACCCCUGAGUGGCUGGUCUGUUGGGUCUGAACACAAUCACCUCCUUAUACCCUACACCUCCCCCUCCCCCACACUCCCUGCUGAGCACUGCUUACUGACAUGGCCCAUCUGUAGACAAAAUGCUUAACCCUUGGUGGAGGAAUUCCCCACCCUGCUCCGGCAUCGAAUCAUUUGCUACAUUCAAUGAUAUUGGGGGGGGGGGGGUUGAAUAUAAUAAAGUGGUUUCAGGUUUAGCCCGGUUCCUGCUGGAAACACUAAAUUAAAUCCCGACGUGGAGCCAGAACACUACUAGGAUAUUGUGCCCAAGGCAGUGUUUGCACAGUGGGAAGGUUCAUUACAAAAGCCAAAGGGAAGAGAAACAACAAACAAGGCUUGUAUUUAUCAAAGGAGGCAUUUGAUUGGCUCAGCUUCCCCGGUUAUACUUGUUCUACCUGGUAAGAUCAGGGGCCCCUAACUAACAGUACAGAUACAUGUAUGGACCUCAUUAAAACCAGACACAUAAUAAACCCCUGUCCUGAUUGGCUAACUAGGACUUGGUUACGCCUCCUGGUCUAAAUUAAUGAAUAAGGUGAAAUGAAAAAAUAAUAAUAAACACUAUGCUAACCACAGGGGAUUCUGGGAAAUUCCCUACCCCAAUACCCAUCAGCAUUAAGGGAUCAUGGGAGAAAUAAAUAAAUGUUUUACAGUGGUGUAUUUAUUUAAAUGCAUUACCGCCCCCCCUCCCCCAUCCCAGGAGAAAGUAACCGCCCCCGUAUUGCACCAAUGACACUUUAAGAAGCACAAAUGCAUUAAACUGUGACUGCUGCUAUACGCAAGCACAUGUGCACAACUCUCUAUAUACGUCUUGAAAUAUAGCGCUACUUCCUCUUUAAGGCUUAAAGGGGCUGUUCACCUUUAAAUUAACUUUUAGUAUGAUGUAAAGAAUGAUAUUCUGAGACAAUUUGGUUUCUAUUUGUAUU